ACCCGUUUUUCCAUUUCCACGAAGUUCUCUCUCAUCUCUCUCUUUCUCUCUCCUUUGAAAGAGAGGGUCCAAGUCUUCUCUUUUCUCCAACUCUUCCCAAGAUCUCUCACCGAUUUGGAUCCUUAACUAUUCUCUAUCUCUAUAUUCGCUCUUCCACACUCCGUCGCCGGAACUCAAUCGCCGAUCGCAGAUCCGUGUCUUCUACUUCUCGAUCUGAGGCACCAUGGCGGCCGCAAACGCUCCGAUCACCAUGAAAGAAGCCCUAACCUUGCCUAGCAUCGGCAUCAAUCCGCAGUUCAUCAAUUUCACGCACGUGACGAUGGAGUCAGAUAAGUAUAUAUGCGUUCGAGAGACGGCACCGCAGAACAGCGUGGUUAUCGUUGAUAUGAACAUGCCAAAUCAACCUUUGAGGAGGCCUAUCACUGCUGAUUCUGCUCUUAUGAAUCCAAAUUCUAGAAUCCUUGCGUUGAAAGCCCAACUGCAAGGGACUACCCAGGAUCACCUACAGAUAUUUAAUAUUGAAAUGAAAGCAAAGGUGAAAUCAUAUCAGAUGCCAGAGCAGGUUGUCUUUUGGAAAUGGAUUACACCCAAGUUGUUGGGUCUUGUGACACAGACCUCUGUAUACCACUGGUCAAUUGAAGGUGAAUCUGAGCCUGUAAAGAUGUUUGAGAGAACUGCAAAUUUGGCCAACAACCAGAUAAUUAAUUACCGAUGCGAUCCUACAGAAAAAUGGUUGGUCUUGAUUGGCAUUGCUCCUGGUUCACCGGAGAGGCCACAAUUGGUGAAGGGAAACAUGCAACUUUACUCCGUGGAUCAGCAGCGUAGUCAGGCUCUUGAAGCUCAUGCUGCAUCCUUUGCUCAAUUUAAGGUUCCUGGAAAUGAUAAUCCUUCAGUUUUGAUAUCUUUUGCCUCAAAGACACUUAAUGCUGGUCAAAUUAUAUCGAAGUUGCAUGUUAUUGAGCUGGGUGCACAGCCAGGGAAGCCAUCAUUUACCAAGAAACAGGCAGAUCUUUUCUUCCCACCAGAUUUUGCUGAUGACUUUCCAGUUGCAAUGCAGAUAUCCCACAAAUACAAUUUGAUUUAUGUGAUUACCAAACUUGGGCUACUAUUUGUGUAUGAUUUGGAGACAGCAACUGCUGUGUAUAGAAACAGAAUUAGUCCAGAUCCAAUAUUUUUGACAGCAGAAGCUACGUCACUGGGAGGCUUUUAUGCCAUCAACAGGAGAGGCCAGGUGUUAUUGGCUACUGUCAAUGAACAAACCAUUGUGAAUUUUGUCAGCGGCCAGUUAAACAAUUUGGAGCUUGCAGUUAAUCUUGCCAAAAGAGGAAAUCUUCCUGGGGCUGAGAAGCUGGUAGUGGAACGAUUUCAUGAACUCUUUGCCCAAACAAAGUAUAAAGAAGCAGCUGAGCUUGCUGCUGAAUCUCCGCAAGGAAUCCUCCGUACGCCAGAUACAGUUGCCAAAUUUCAGAGUGUUCCUGUGCAAACUGGGCAAACUCCUCCACUGUUGCAGUAUUUUGGAACACUUCUAACGAGGGGGAAGUUGAAUGCCUUUGAGUCGUUAGAAUUGUCUCGGCUGGUUGUGAACCAGAACAAGAAAAAUCUUUUGGAGAAUUGGUUGGCAGAGGACAAGCUUGAGUGCAGUGAGGAGCUAGGAGAUCUUGUUAAGACUGUGGACAAUGAUCUUGCUUUAAAAAUAUAUAUCAAAGCCAGAGCAACUCCAAAAGUUGUUGCCGCAUUUGCUGAGAGGAGGGAGUUCGAUAAAAUUCUGAUUUACUCCAAGCAGGUUGGGUACACUCCUGACUACCUCUUCCUUCUUCAAACAAUCCUCCGGACAGAUCCUCAGGGUGCUGUUAAUUUUGCAUUAAUGAUGUCUCAAAUGGAAGGGGGUUCCCCAGUUGAUUACAACACUAUAACUGAUCUGUUUCUUCAGAGAAACCUGAUCCGUGAGGCAACUGCUUUUCUCCUAGACGUUUUAAAGCCCAAUCUACCGGAGCAUGCAUUCCUUCAGACAAAGGUGUUAGAGAUAAAUCUGGUGACUUUCCCCAAUGUUGCUGAUGCAAUUUUGGCUAAUGGCAUGUUCAGCCAUUAUGACCGUCCUCGUAUUGCCCAACUAUGUGAAAAAGCUGGUCUUUACGUGCGAGCUUUGCAACAUUACACAGAGUUGCCUGAUAUAAAGCGUGUGAUUGUGAAUACACAUGCAAUUGAACCUCAGUCACUUGUCGAGUUUUUUGGUACUCUGUCCCGAGAAUGGGCACUGGAGUGCAUGAAAGACCUAUUGCUGGCCAAUCUUAGAGGCAACCUGCAGAUAAUUGUGCAGGUUGCUAAAGAAUAUUGUGAGCAAUUGGGCGUUGACAGCUGCAUAAAACUUUUUGAGCAGUUUAAGUCUUAUGAAGGACUGUACUUCUUCCUUGGAUCAUAUUUGAGCUCCAGUGAGGAUCCUGAGAUUCACUUCAAGUACAUUGAGGCCGCAGCAAAAACUGGUCAAAUCAAAGAAGUUGAGCGCGUGACAAGAGAAUCAAAUUUCUAUGAUGCUGAGAAAACAAAGAACUUUCUGAUGGAGGCUAAACUUCCAGAUGCACGACCUUUAAUCAAUGUCUGUGAUCGUUUUGGAUUCGUUCCAGAUCUUACACACUAUCUAUACACAAGCAACAUGCUUCGCUACAUUGAAGGUUAUGUUCAGAAGGUGAACCCGGGGAACGCUCCUUUAGUGGUUGGGCAGCUUCUUGAUGAUGAGUGUCCAGAAGAUUUUAUAAAAGGCUUGAUUCUUUCUGUUCGUUCAUUACUGCCAGUGGAGCCCCUUGUGGAUGAAUGUGAGAAGAGGAAUCGCCUUCGCUUGCUCACGCAGUUCCUAGAGCAUCUUGUAAGUGAGGGAAGCCAGGAUGUUCAUGUCCACAAUGCUUUGGGUAAAAUUAUCAUAGAUAGCAACAACAACCCAGAACAUUUUCUCACGACCAACCCAUACUAUGAUUCACGAGUAGUGGGCAAGUAUUGUGAGAAGCGUGACCCCACCUUGGCUGUUGUAGCCUACCGACGGGGACAAUGUGAUGAUGAACUUAUUAAUGUUACAAACAAAAAUUCUUUGUUCAAACUCCAAGCGAGAUAUGUUGUUGAGAGAAUGGAUGGUGAUCUGUGGGCUAAAGUUCUUAGCCCUGAUAAUGAGUACAGAAGGCAACUUAUUGAUCAGGUUGUAUCUACUGCUUUACCCGAAAGCAAGAGCCCUGAACAAGUUUCUGCUGCUGUUAAGGCCUUCAUGACAGCUGAUCUUCCGCAUGAAUUGAUUGAACUUCUUGAAAAGAUUGUGCUUCAGAAUUCUGCAUUCAGUGGGAACUUUAAUUUGCAGAAUCUUCUUAUAUUGACAGCAAUUAAGGCUGAUCCAUCCAGAGUAAUGGAUUAUGUCAAUAGACUGGAUAAUUUUGACGGGCCUGCAGUUGGAGAAAUGGCUGUUGAAGCUCAGUUAUAUGAGGAAGCAUUUGCUAUUUUCAAGAAGUUCAACCUGAAUGUUCAAGCAGUUGAUGUCUUGCUAGAUAAUAUUCACAGCAUUGAUAGAGCUGUGGAGUUUGCGUUCAGAGUUGAAGAAGAUGCUGUUUGGAGUCAGGUAGCCAAGGCUCAACUCCGGGAAGGGCUAGUAAGUGAUGCAAUUGAGUCAUUUAUACGCGCAGAUGAUGCUACACAAUUUUUGGAUGUUAUCCGUGCUGCUGAAGAUGCCAAUGUGUACCAUGACUUGGUUAAAUACUUGCUGAUGGUAAGGCAGAAAGCAAAAGAGCCCAAGGUGGACAGUGAGCUCAUUUAUGCAUAUGCAAAGAUUGAUAGGCUUAGUGACAUUGAGGAGUUCAUUCUCAUGCCAAAUGUUGCUAAUCUUCAAAAUGUUGGUGAUCGACUGUUUGAUGAAGCAUUGUAUGAGGCUGCAAAAAUCAUAUUUGCCUUUAUAUCUAACUGGGCCAAGUUGGCUGUUACACUAGUAAAACUGCAACAGUUCCAAGGUGCUGUUGAUGCAGCAAGGAAAGCAAACAGCGCAAAAACAUGGAAGGAAGUUUGCUUUGCUUGUGUUGAUGCGGAGGAAUUUCGCCUGGCCCAGAUAUGUGGUCUCAACAUUAUUGUUCAGGUGGAUGACUUGGAGGAGGUCAGUGAAUAUUACCAAAAUAGAGGUUGCUUCAAUGAGCUCAUAUCUCUCAUGGAGAGUGGUUUAGGGUUAGAACGGGCACAUAUGGGUAUCUUCACCGAGUUGGGAGUUCUGUAUGCUAGAUACCGCCCUGAGAAACUAAUGGAGCAUAUCAAACUAUUCUCAACUCGUCUCAAUAUUCCAAAACUCAUUAGAGCAUGUGACGAACAACAGCACUGGAAAGAAUUAACCUAUUUGUACAUCCAAUAUGAUGAGUUUGAUAAUGCUGCAACUACCAUCAUGAACCAUUCACCUGAAGCGUGGGACCACAUGCAAUUCAAAGAUGUUAUUGUGAAAGUUGCUAAUGUGGAGUUAUAUUACAAGGCUGUCCAUUUCUAUCUGCAAGAGCAUCCAGAUCUUAUUAAUGAUGUUCUGAAUGUCCUAGCACUUCGUGUGGACCAUGCACGUGUUGUUGACAUCAUGCGAAAGGCCGGUCAUUUGCGUCUUGUGAAGCCAUACAUGGUUGCUGUUCAAAGCAAUAAUGUAUCAGCUGUUAACGAAGCCUUGAAUGAAAUAUAUGUUGAGGAGGAAGACUAUGAUAGAUUGCGCGAGUCCAUUGAUUUGCAUGAUAACUUCGACCAAAUAGGCCUUGCACAAAAGAUUGAAAAGCAUGAGCUUCUUGAGAUGCGGCGUGUUGCUGCAUAUAUCUACAAGAAGGCAGGUAGGUGGAAACAGUCUAUUGCCUUGUCAAAGAAGGAUAACCUCUAUAAGGAUGCCAUGGAGACAGCCUCACAAUCUGGUGAUCGUGAACUUGCGGAGGAGUUGCUCGUUUAUUUCAUUGAUCAGGGAAAGAAGGAAUGCUUUGCCUCGUGUCUCUUCGUUUGCUAUGAUUUAAUACGGGCUGACAUUGUUCUUGAACUGGCUUGGAUGCACAAUAUGAUUGAUUUUGCCUUCCCAUAUCUCUUGCAGUUUAUCCGUGAAUAUACUGGCAAGGUUGAUGAGCUGGUGAAGGACAAAAUUGAAGCGCAGAAUGAAGUGAAGGUUAAAGAGCAAGAGGAAAAGGAUGUUGUUGCACAACAGAACAUGUAUGCUCAAUUGUUGCCACUUGCUUUGCCCGCACCACCAAUGCCUGGAAUGGGAGGAGGUAUGGGAGGAGGCUAUGGUCCUCCUCCUCCCCCUCCUCAAAUGGGUGGACUAGGGAUGCCACCAAUGCCUCCUUUUGGCAUGCCACCCAUGGGUAGCAGUUAUUGACAGGUAUCAAACCAUGUCGUGUUUAGUGUGAACUAGGUCCUCAUGGAGAGUAAUUUAGCAGCUUCGGCGGUCGCAUAGAAUUUCUUCUGGGAUUUUGGUGCAGUAUUCUUUCCUUGCUUAGCGUGGUGGUUUAGGUUCAAUUUAUAAAAUAAUUUCAGGUGUCUGGCGAUGGUUGUGUCAUAAUAGUCUUUCUAGUUUCUUUUUGUUUGUAGAUGCGGCAUUUUUUGGGCUUCUGGCCCUAGCUAGCUGAUGAAAUUCUGUAUAAUACCAUUUUAUUGUAUUAAAUGAACUCGUCCCAUGUUUAAUACCAAAAUUUACCGACUCUGAAUC